AUGCAACGAAUCUGUACGCUAAAAAAACGGCUGCGAAGUGUGUUGAAGAAGAAAGAAGCACAAGAAGCACAAGAAAGAAGCACAAGAAGCACAAGAAACACAAGCAGCACAAGAAAGAAGCACAAGAAGCACAAGAGAGAAGCACAAGAAGCACAAGAAAGAAGCACACAAGAAGCACAAGAAAGAAGCAUAAGAGAGAAGCACAAGAAGCACAAGAAGCACAAGAAAGAAGCACAAGAAGCACAAGAAAGAAGCAUAAGAGAGAAGCACAAGAAGCACAAGAAAGAAGCACAAGAAGCACAAAAAAGAAGCACAAGAAGCACAAGAGAGAAGCACAAGAAGCACAAGAAGCACAAGAAGCACAAUAAGCACAAGAAAGGAGCACAAGAAGCACAAAAGAGAAGCACAAAAAGAAGCACAAGAAGCACAAGAAACGCAAGAAAGAAGCACAAGAAGCACAAGAGAGAAGCACAAGAAGCGCACAAGAAGCACAAAAGAGAAGCACAAGAAAGAAGUACAAGAAGCAUAAGAAGCACAAGAAGCACAAGAAGCACAAGAAGCACAAGAAGCACAAGAAAGAAGCACAAGAAGCACAAGAAAGAAGCACAAGAGAGAAGCACAAGAAAGAAGCACAAGAAGCACAAGAAGCACAAGAGAGAAGUACAAGGCUUCCAGCUGUGA